ACACAUGUCGCCAUUUUGAUGUUUUGUCGCUUUGGUCGCUUUGUACUCUUUGUCCGUUUUUUCCUGUCACAGAUUUCUUUAGAACAACUGUAGGCUGAUGAUUACUUAAUCCUUCUCUGCUAAACGCACUACCGAUAUGUAAAACUUUGAAAAGUAAUGGAAAUGGUGGCAAACACGCUACAUCUCGACCAAGGCCGUAUUUCGAAACGGAGUGCAUCGCCGAGAAUUCUAACACACUUUGUAGAAGGAUUUAUCAUACAAGAGAGCAACUAUCCCUUCACGUCGGGUGAUGACACUGAAGAAGUGAACCAAAACCAGCUCAAUGGCAACCAAGAUUACGAAAAUGGAGAUGUGGAAAUGGAUGUUGGAUUUGAAGCUGAAAGCCCAUCAAGCAAUGAUGAAGCAUUCAAUGAUGUGUUUGUUGAUGACUCCAGCAUUGGACAUUGUGAACAGUGUGGCCGCCUGACAGAAGCCCCACACCACAGAGGUCCAAAGAGGUUCUGUUCAACUUCCUGUGCAAGAAGAUACAGUGUAAGCUGCUCACGUAAGAUGGUAGCGUUUCAUGCUCGUACCCGAGGUGGACGGCAUUCCACUGCAAAUCAACUAGCCUCACAUAAAAAGUCGUCUUAUUCUUUACCCAUGUAUUAUGACCAACAGCCUGGUCCAUACAUGGUAGAUGCCUCUAUUCAAGUAAAUGAGUUUGACACUGUUCACCCGCUUAACUUUGACUGGACACGAAGUGAUGUGGAACCCUUGUGGUUGUAUGAACACGUUGAAGCUGCCAAGUGGAAUGUACAGGAGGUCGCUGCCUUCGUAAAGUCCCUUAAUGGCUGUUCUGAGUACGCAGACUCGUUCGUGUCGCAGGAGAUUGACGGCCAGGCAUUGAUGCUGCUCCGCGAGGAACACAUGGUGGUCGCUAUGCACAUGAAACUUGGUCCCGCGCUUAAAAUUGUCGCCAAUGUGAACGCCAUGAAGAGAGAAGCACUAAAGGAACAUCAGUAGCUUAUACAGAACGCCUGAUAAUAUUUGUUAUUUAACUGAAAAAAAAAAGAGAAAAUGAGGUUUUACAGAGUUGAACAGAAGUUUAUAUGGUUGAAACAUUUUUCCUUAUAAGAGCUGAAAUAUGUUAGUGCUUGUUUUUCUCGCAGGAAGCAGGCACAGUUAGUACAGGGUAGUUUGAUACAAGUCAUUGUUAGCAGUUCUUACUGACUGUUGUCAGUACAACUAACGGCGAGUUAGUUUGAUUAUUGUCAACUGCCUCACUUGCUUGCACGUUUCGGACUUUCAUUUAGAGAAGCGAAAUGUUUGGUUUUAAGAUAUUUUAUUCGACGUUAUUUAUGUACGGAAAACCAAACCGUACUUUACCUGCUACUUUUCUGGCUCACUCUGCUCGGCUGCAUUCGAAGAAGCUUCUCAACAGGAGUUGACAAAAAGAAAAAUUCUCUUGAUAGGAAGGUGUCUCUGAUCGGAUUUUACCGUCUUAACAAAUAUUCUACCCUUUAACGCCCUCAAAAAUCUAAAACAGAUGUAGAAAUGCUGUAGAUAUGUAUAUUUUCUCGUAAAUCUCCGUAUUAUAAAUUAGCUGCUUGUGAAGUUGGCCGUUGUUUCGUAUGGUACUCUUACUAGUGAUUCUAAGAGUAAAAUCAUUGUUUUUCUUGUAUUUAAUCGUUAGAAAUUCUUUUAUCGGUGGAUUUUUCGUUGUGACGGUUGUGGUUACCGAUGUUGUUCUUGACAAAUCAUUGUUUUGUUGGCAAGAACUCAAAAUUAAACAUAUCAGUUAGCAAUGAACCUUGA